GACGUCAGCUGUGCUCUCGGCCGCGCACACGCAGCUGGCAGCGGGUAAACAAAGCCCGAAUCCCUUUGUGUGUCACCGCUUCAUUUCAGCGGGUCUACUCGCCUCCACUCCGGUGCUGCUCUCCGGGCUGGCGCCUGUCGUUAGCUCGCUAGCCAAAGCCCUUUAGCCUCGACAUUUUGUUCCGCCUGGCUAACGUUUUAAUCUGCUCGUCUCCUCUCCACUGGCUGGAUGAGAUGUCAUUCACCAUGGAGGACAACUUGGAGUCCGAGUGGGUGUCCGUCCGACCCCGACUCUUCGACGAAAGAGAGAGGCACAAAUUCGCUUUCAUCGUGGCCUGGAACGACGUCGAAGGGAAGUUCGCCAUAACCUGCCACAACAGAACCGUGCAGAGACGGGCCACUUUUCUGGACCCGCUCCUCGACUGCAGCCCCGGCGCCGCUGUGCCUCCUGCCGCCAGAGCCUCCGGGGCGGAACAACACUCUAAAAGUCCAGGCACCAAGAGGAGAGACGAGGCUAAAGUUAGACCCCACUCCGUCCCCAAAGGGAAGCCCACAACAAAGCCUGGUGCCGGCGAGAAGAAGGCUUUAAAAGCCGGUGGCUCGCAGACAUUAGAGUGUAUCAGCCACACGUUAGGGUCCUGGGACAUCGUGACCCCCAAGGUGAUAGACAUCGAGAUCCUGGAGCCCAUGGACGUCCUGCUGUCUCCGGAUGACUCCGACCCAGGGGACCGUGACGCCAGCGGCCGCGAGGACUUCAGCUGGGCCGGGCUGUUCUCCUUCCAGGACCUGAGGGCAGCCCACCUCCUGCUGUGCUCCGUCAACUCGGACCUGGAGCCGUGUCUGCCGUGUUUCCCGGAGGAGCCGACCGGGGUUUGGACGGUGCUCUUCGGUUCCACCGGGGUGUCGCAGCGGGAGACGGAGGCCCUGUGCUACCAGCUGCAGGUGUACCUGGGCCAUGCCCUGGACACCUGCGGCUGGAAGAUCCUGUCGCAGGUGCUGUUCUCCGGGGGCGACGACACGGAGGAGUACUACGAGAGCCUGAGCGAGCUGAGGCAGAAGGGCUUCGAGGAUGCGCAGGACCGGGCCAAAAGACGCAUGCAAGAGGUGUUGGACAAGCACAAAGCCAUCGACAGCAUGGUGGAGCUGCUGCAGGUGUACCCAGAGGAGGACAAGGCGUAUGCAGAGCUGCUGGAGGCAACGACUCAGCUAUACCACUACCUGCUUCAGCCUUUCAGGGACAUGAGGGAGCUGGCAAUGCUGCGCAGACAGCAGAUAAAGAUCUCUCUGGAGACGGAGCGGCUGGGUCCUCGGCGUGUGGAAGGCCUGAGGAGGGAGGAUGAGGAGUGGCAGAGGAAGGCCCAGGCCGCCGUGCUCUCCAUACAGGACCUGACCGUCAAGUUCUUCGAAACCACGACUCGAUCCCAGAAAGCUCUGUUUGAGCGGAUGCGUGCUGACCAGAAGAAGUUUGGCAAGUCGGCGUGGGCAGCAGCAGUUGAACGCAUGGAGCGUCUGCAGUACAAUUUCUCUGGAGAAACUCUGCAGCUGAUGAGGGCCAAAGAAAUCUGCCUGGAGCAGAGGAAACACGGCCUGAAGGAGGAGAUGCAGGGUCUGCAAGGUGGGGAGGACGCCAUGCUGCGUCUGGACCAGCUGGAGGCGCUGUACUACGAGUUGCAGAUGCAGCUGUAUGACAUCCAGGCGGAGGUGCUGCGCUGUGAAGAGCUGCUGCUCACCUCUCAGCUGCAGAGUCUGCGCAGGCAGAUGACAGAGCGUCAGGAUGAGGUUGUGUACUACGAUGCCUUUGAGAGCCCCGACGCCAUGAAGGGAGUGGAAGACCCCGCAUCGCCGCCCUCCCCCCUCAGGGACGAAGACCUGAGCGUCCUGCAGCAGAGGACGCGGCAGCUCGAGGCUCGCCGGGGUCGCAUCACCACCAAGAAACUCUACCUCAAAAACAAGAAGGAAAUCUGUAUAGUCAAUCACAACCAGAAGAUACAGCAGCGAGGCCAAGGUGACCCGGCUGACAGCAGUUCCCCUCAGCCACUGAAACAGGGAGGAGAAUAUGAAGCAGACGAGGAAGCCAAACAGAAUGCCCGGGUGAGUCAGGACCGGCAGAGGACGCUGGACCGACUGCGAAGCCUCAAUCAGCGUUACCCGGGCCAGGUGACUCUGAAGUCCAGCCGGCUGCGUCUGGGUCACAGUCGGAGGAGGGGGGGCCAGCAGCCGGACACGCAGGCAGCCGGCGUUCAGACCGACUGCCUCUCCGACCUCCCCCGGCUCUCCGCUCCCCCGACGCCCGACGCCUGCGGCUGCGACACCGUGUCUCUGCCGACGGUUGACCUCGGGAGCCUGGCCUCUUCGCUUCCCUUCCUCUCGCUGCCUCCCCUGUCAGCGGGUCCUCCACCACCUCCUCCUCCUCCCCCACCUCCCCCUCCACCACCUCCUCCCUCGGAGCAGCAGCAGGGCGAGGACGGGCACUGGAACCCUGCAGCAGGCAGUCCGGUGCCGCGACAAGAGUCCGAACCCUCCUCGCUGCCCCUGGCUCCGUUCUCCCCUCGAUUCUUUGACAGCAGCCAGCUGCUGAACGCGAGGACCAAGCUGAAGAAGACGGCCUCGCUGGACUCCUCACAGUGGAGGAGAGCGAGCUCCCCCAUGGACGAAGUGCUGGCUUCUCUCAAACGCGGCAGCUUCCACCUGAGGAAGGCCGAGCUGCGCGUCCUGGCCCCGGACCCGGACGACGACAGCGAGAACAUCCUGGCCCAGAUCCGGCAGGGCGUCCGGCUGAAGAAGGUCCGCACCCGGCCGGAGCAGCGUCAGGCCAGGAGCUUCCUCCACUCGGCCGACGCUCUGACCCGCAGCAUCCACGAAGCUCUGAGGAGAAUCAAGGAGGCCUCGCCCGAGUCUGAGUCCGAGGACGAAGGCCUCCCGUGCACUGACUGGGAAAACUAGUUCCUCAGAUGGAUCUUUUUCCUUUUUCUUUUUUUUUUUACUUCUCUCUGUCAUGGAUAUGUGGAGCCAAAAUGAAGAGUUACUGUACAAUGGCUGAAGUUAAGCGGACACCUCAGAGUUUCAGCACCCGGUGAUACCUCGGUGCAAUUUGAACAAGAAAACCUUUGAUUCACUUUUUUUAAAUAUCAGACAAGCGGCUCAAUUAGUUUCAUACUUGUGCGUGUGGUUUGUAGAAGACGGACCACUUAGGUUGUUGUUGUUUUUUGAUGUCGCUGCUGUGGCGUUCUCGGCGAGGACUCAACCUCUGACCUCCCGGGGAAUCCAUCCACAUGUCGUACUGUACUGUAGCUUGCUGUGAUGGGUUUGUUUGAAGAAGUGAGUAUUUUGUCUUUUCUCUUCACCUCUCUCUCUCACUGUCAAAGCACUCGGACUCUCCACCGAUACCUUUUCUGUAUGAUUUUUACAUUACAAACAUACAAUAGGAAAUGUCAGUGCAUAAGAAUGCCCAAACAUGUACAUGUAUGCAGGACAAGACCAUUCAGACUCACUGAAAGAAAUACUUUGACAUUUUUGAAGAUAAGGACGCUGCUUCUCUUUCACACAUGAACAACACAGCAAGAAACUCAUUUCAUGUGUGAAAUCAACUUUUCACAACUGACACUUGUUCUAAUAAUAAUCUAAGAAUAAGUGAGUUUCCCAAAAUGUUGACCUGUUCCGUUAAUUAGUCUGAUAUGAGAAGUGGAGCCACACAACUGAAAGUUGCACAUUUUGGUUUGUGGGUCCUUUUCAUCACGCUGGGGUUACAAAGCCAGAACAAGCAUUGUACUGGUGUAUUUGGAGAAUUAGCCAUAGUUCUUAAAGCAUUUUCACUUUUACAAAAGUCAAAAUAUGAAACAACACGAGGAAGGUGGUUGUGACAAAGAUGCAGCUCAUGGUGAAAGUUAAAUUUAGAGGAUCACAUUCUUUAUCUGGGUUAGAGCUCAGCAUAGGAUUGUAAGAUUCAGUGCAACCUUUAGUUUACAAAUAUAUAACUUUACUUCCACAAAUAAUUAAAUUAUCCUGGAAAAAUACAGACACCAGCAGAACUUGAGCCUGAGAAUUGUCCCAUUUUUAAGUAUCAGUUUUUUUCAGUAUCAGAAUAAUCCACUGAUAGUCCCAUGGCUACAUUGCACAGUGGAACUUCUAAUAGGUCAUUUAUUAUAUUUUAAAAGACUUUUAAAUCUGACAAAAUCUCAACAAGCAUAGGCCCAAAAAACAACUAACAAAAAACCUAGAGCUCAAGUUUACUGAAUCCAGGACAUUAUCUUGAUUUUAUACUACAGCAAAUACAUAAUGUAGCUGAUGGAACUGUAGUAUAAAGUGAGAUCCUUCAUAUUAGGUUAUGAUCCUAAUAACCAGCUUACCUCCCACACUGGAUCACACUGAAGCUCAGCACUAUAUAAAUAUAGACCACUUACAGCUCACAAGAGUAUAUAUAUUAUCAGAGACAUUUAAAUUCAUCUUUUCCGAAGCAGUGUCAGAGAUAUUAGCUAAAAUAGUUUUACUGAUGGUUAUUCAUCCUAAACAACUUUUAAAGUUGCCCAAACACAGUAUUUUGACACAAAAUGGACAAAAUAGAUAUUCAGUUAUAAUUGUAUUCCCUCUGAUGAAUAACAAGCUCCACAGUGGUCACCCUUAAGUUACUCUUUAACACGUGACCAAAAGGAAACCAUCCCAGUAAGCAGUCAUAAUGAAUAAUAAUGAAAACAAGUUUUGUCAACGUUAAAUCAUUCUUAGAAUCGCUCAACAGAAGAUCAGCAGUUAUUUUCAUAAUCAAUAGUUUUACCAUGCAAAGACUCUGAAUAUUCUCUGGUUUCAGCUUCUCAAACGUAACCCGUCCCGUCGAUUUGACUGUUUUAUACUGUAAAUUGAAAAUAUUUAAGCUUCUGACUAAUGGGCGGACACAAGGACAUUUAUAGAUGCCACCCUGGGCUUUAGGCAUUUUUUUACUAUUUUAUACAGAAAAUCCAUUAGUUGAAAAAGGCAUUAAUGAAGUCUUGGAAAGAUCUUCAGGAAGUGGGUAUGCGUUUUUAAAAGUUUUUUAAAAAGCAACAUCCAGCCAUUUUUUUUUUUUUUUUUUAAAAAAAAGUAUCUUUAUCGCACAUGUACAUAACAGACUCCAGAUGUGGAGCAGCAUUACAAACAAACAUGAAGCGCACUGGACUGAGUUCAUCACCCUCUGCUGGAGCAGCUUCCUGCUCGCCACACCCACCGCUAUCGGGAUCAUACUUGUUGUUUACCUUUUUAUUUUGUUUGUGGUUUUUACUCUGAUUUUAUUUACCCGAGAGUCUCUCUCUCCGUCUCCACUGCCUUGUUGUGUUUUUUUCCACGUUUGUUUUCUUCAUGGAGUUGUUUCAGUUUUGCGUUUGUGUGAUUGUUUUUUUUCUUUUUUAUUAUGUAUGACCUGUGUCAAACCUGUCUCCAGCUGAAAAACACAUGUUCCUGUAGUUAACACGUCAGUAGGCACUGAGCGGCAUGGCUUCAUUUAAAGAAACAGUUUGACAUUAAGGGAAAUAACGGCUCAAGAGUUAAAUGAGAAGCAUAAACAAAUCCAAAGAUCCUCUGAACCCACAAAUCAACAUCCUGUUGUUGGACUAUGUCAAACCACAUUAAGGAGUUCAGCUAGAGAAACAAUAUUGUUUAGCUUUUAUUAAUUCUAAAAGGUGAUGUAAGUUGUGGCCCCUGUUGUGUAUUUACAUUUAGACACAAUUACCAACUGCCACAGACCGUCACCAAAUAUUCACAAAAAACAGGGACACAAUCUGACGGGUGUAAUGAUGGAAGCUGUAUUUCUCCUCACCUCGUGUUAUUUUUCAGGUCUUUUACACGUCGUUAUGGUAACCCAUUUCUACAACAGCGUGUUAGAGCUGUAAAAAACUUUAUUACUAAAUAUUACAGAGCUGAGGUAUGGGGUGUCAUAUUGUGAGGGGGGGGAACAAAUCUUCUGGCAUCUUGUAAAUGAAUGAUUUUAAUGUCGUCAUUCAGUUUUUGCUGCUUUAGAAUAGAGCCCGGCUAACAGUUUAUAUCUGUUGCCAGUCUUUAUGCUAAGCUAACUGCCUGCUGACUGAAGUGGUUCUCGAUCCUCUCAUCUAAAUCGACAUCAAAGCAGAACGUGUGCGUUUCUCAUCCUGCUGAACUUUGUGAAACACACACAGUCACUGUUGCCAAGUGUAAAACAUCAUUCCUACUCAGAGUGAGUGUAGUUCCUCUUCUACACACACACAGACACACACACACAGACCUUUACUGAUAUUAAACAGUAGAUUACCUGUAAGACCUUCACCUCCUCACACUGCUCUAUUUGCUUUUUAUUUUUCCCGCUUUUUGUAGAAAUCCACGUUGUGACUCGUAGUUUUCCCUCCAUCUUUUAUUUGGACCUUUAUGACCUUAUGCAUGUGGCCGGUUCGAGGAUGAAACCCAUCACAACAUAAGUGCAAUAAUGAAGAUAAAAGUCAUUCUAUGGAUUUUACUGUAACGAAAUGUAAAUCAUGUCAAAAAAAACUAUAUCCGCAUGCCUAAAUGUAUUGAAGUAUUUAUUGAAGCUUCACAUUUUCAAGAAUUUUUAAAGCCUACAAAUGUAAAUGUACUUUAUAAGCUUUUCUUUUUGUCGCUUUUUUUGUUUCCUAUCAUGACAUUCCUCUCUGCUUUCUAUAUCCUAGUUAUUAUAUAUAUAUUUUUUGUCCUUUUAAAAAAUAAAAAUAAAAUAAACACCAAA